AUGGAGCAGUCACUGGCAGGCCUCAAACCUGCCUCUGGAAACCUGCACGAUGAUGGAGAUAGACGUGGGGCAAUUUCCUAUGACAGCUCUGAUCAGACUGCGCUGUACAUUCGUAUGCUAGGAGAUGUGCGAGUAAGAAGUCGGGCAGGAUUUGAAACAGAGAGAAGAGAUUCUCAUCCAUACAUUGAUUUCCGUAUUUUUCACUCAAAUUCUGAAAUUGAAGUAUCUGUUUCUGCGAGAAAUGUCAGAAGAUUGCUUAGUUUCCAGCGAUACCUGAGAUCUUCCCGUUUUUUCCGUGGUAUCACUGUUCCAAAUUCUUCAAAUAUUUUAGAUGAUGAUUACAAUGGACAAGCAAAGUGUAUGCUGGAGAAGGUUGGAAAUUGGAAUUUUGAUAUCUUUCUUUUCGAUAGACUGACAAAUGGAAACAGUCUAGUCAGCUUAACCUUCCAUCUGUUUAAUCUUCAUGGACUAAUUGAACACUUCCAGUUAGAUACGAUGAAACUUCGUAGAUUUUUGGUUAUGGUUCAAGAAGAUUAUCACAGUCAAAACCCUUACCAUAAUGCAGUUCAUGCUGCUGAUGUGACUCAGGCCAUGCACUGUUACUUACAAGAACCUAAGCUUUCCCAAUCUUUAACUCCAUGGGAUGUUCUGCUCAGUUUAAUUGCAGCCGCCACACAUGAUCUGGAUCACCCAGGCGUUAACCAACCUUUCCUAAUUAAAACCAACCAUUACCUAGCAACUUUAUAUAAGAAUACCUCAGUAUUAGAGAACCAUCACUGGAGAUCAGCAGUAGGGUUGUUGAGAGAAUCUGGCUUAUUUGCACAUAUGUCAUUAGAAAACAGGCAGCUGAUGGAAAGUCAGAUAGGUGAUCUCAUUCUUGCCACAGACAUCAGCCAGCAAAAUGAGUAUCUGUCCAUGUUUCGAUCUCACUUGGACAGAGGAGACCUAUGUUUAGAGGAUGCAAACCAUCGUCACUUCAUUUUACAGAUGGCUUUGAAGUGUGCUGAUAUUUGUAAUCCCUGUCGGACCUGGGAGCUGAGUAAGCAGUGGAGUGAGAAAGUAACGGAGGAAUUCUUCCAUCAAGGGGACAUUGAGAAAAAAUACCACCUGGGCGUCAGUCCRCUCUGUGAUCGACAGACAGAAACCAUUGCCAACAUCCAGAUUGGCUUCAUGACGUACCUGGUGGAGCCGCUCUUCGCCGAGUGGGCCCGCUUCUCCAACACGCGCCUCUCGCAGACCAUGCUGGGCCACCUGGGCCUCAACAAGGCGAGCUGGCAGGGGCAGCAGCGGGAGCGGGAGCAGCGCGCGGGCGCCGCCGCGCCGCGCCUCUUACCUCAGGAAGGGCGCCCGUCCUGACGGGGCCGCCGCCAGCGCCCACGGCACCACCGCGUUAUUUAUGUUCCCAGUUUCCCCUCGGCAGACCUGCUCUGAACCUGACCGGUUUGUUUGUUUGUUUAUUUUUUAACUGCAAGAUCUGAACAUAGAGCAAUAUGCAUAUGCCUCGGUUGGGUUUUGUUUGGAUCCCCGAAUAUGCAAAGCACAGCRGUGACUGAGCCUCGAAGGAACAGUACGACAAUUUCAUUGCACCCUGUUUAUUUUCGUUUUGUUUUCUUUUUGGUUGUUGUAGAGUUUUUUUUUUUUUUUUGGUCUGUUUGUUUGUUUUGUGACAUUUGAAAUAUGGUCUUCAAAUCCAAGACUUGAGAUGGAUCGUUCCACUUUCUCGGACUUGGACAAGACUCGGUGAACGCGUUYGAAGCAAACCUUCCACUCGGUCCCUGUUUUAAUACGGAAAUGUGAAGUGCCCAUCCUCUGCUGCCUCUGGCAAGACUUGAUGUUUACAAAUGUACUCUGAAACUCUUGGUUCUAGACUUCACCUUUGUGCAUGGCUGUGAAGGAACCACUAACUUGGAUUCUUUUUUCUUUUUUUUUUUUUGGAUUUUUUUUGAAAGAAAAAGAUCAAAUCCAAGACUGCAGCUCUUGUUUCUUUGGAUGCCAGAAGAGCCUCCCAUUUGCCGUAAUUUUGUUUGUGCACUGGGAACUGAGCAUUCAUCA